CGGCGGCCCCGCGAAGGCGAGCGGAGCUCCGCGCCUGACGGGGACGCGUUGGCAGCUCCGGCGGGGUUGCCGUAGCUUUUAUGUAGGGUGACCAGAACCGGCUGGAACUGGUUUGAGGCAGAUCGGCUCCCGAACACAAUGCAGUCAGUGAGCUGCUACAGUGGGAUAGCUUCCUCCCUCCAUGGCAGCCAAAAGCAGAGGAGCUUGCAGAAAGAUACCGUCCCCAAACAGUAUGUGAAUGCACACUUAGACACACAGCACUGGUAUGUGGCUAUGUAGUCCUAAAGGGUUCUGUCUGUAAAUGUACAUAUUUGCAGUGGCUGAGACGGCUCGGGCUUUUUCUGCCUUUUUUUAUGCUUAAGGAAGGGGCGAGAGCUUGAGAUUUACGGCCCUUGUUAAAAUAGUUUUGCUUUGCAAGGGUGGGACACUGGUUGUGCAGUCUGUUUUAAAACUGAACCGAAUAAAACGGAUGGAAUGAUUUGUAAUUGUAGCCGUGCUUGCGACUGAAGAAUGCUGCUUUGCAUGCCGUGUUAUUUGCAGGGCACUGUCGUGUGGUUUUCUUCUGGAGGGGAUGUUGGGGAGGGGGUCUGAAAGGCCAAAAGGAAGCGAUGUUGUUGUGGAAUCGUGUGUGAAGCAUUGCAAAGAUGCUGCAAGGCGUACUCAUUUCUCCUUUUUUCUUUUCCUCCUUGUAGGCCUAUUGACUGGGGCUGCCUUUAACCCUUUCGUAUUCGCGGAGGUGAUCCAUCUGAGGCAGUAACUGAGCGCUGGCAGAAAAGCCUCCCAGAGGUCAAGGUUCACAAAGAUUUGCCUCCAAUCAAAUAGAUGACCAUGGGGGAUAUGAAGACCCCAGACUUUGACGAUCUUCUUGCAGCCUUUGACAUCCCAGACAUGGUUGACCCAAAAGCAGCUAUUGAAUCUGGACACGAUGACCACGAAAGCCAGAUAAAACAAAAUGCACACACAGAUGAAGAUUCUCAUACGCCCUCAUCGUCUGAUGUUGGUGUGAGCGUCAUUGUGAAAAACGUGCGUACUAUUGAUUCUUCUGAAGGAGUAGACAAGGAUGGCCACCAUUCCACAGGCAAUGGCUUGCAUAACGGCUUCCUAACAUCCUCAGCUCUUGAUAGCUACAGUAAAGACGAAGGGAAGCCAUUCAAAGACGAUGGGUCAGCUUCUGAGACAACACUGAAGGAUUCGGCUUUUAACCAGUUCAGUCCAAUUUCAAGUGCUGAAGAAUUUGAUGAUGAUGAAAAAAUUGAGGUAGAUGACCCUCCAGACAAAGAAGAGAUGCGUGCAAGUUUCAGAACAAAUAUCUUGACAGGUUCUGUAUCUCAGCAGGAAUAUGACAAACUAAAGGCACUUGGGGGAGAGAAUUUGAUUAAAUCUAGUAUCUCAGUGUCAAGCAGUAUAGAUAAAAAUAAAGUUUCUAAGCGGGAGACAGAGACAAACUCUGUGAAUUUAAGUAUUUAUGAGCCUUUCAAAGCUCGCAAAGCAGAGGACAAACUGCUAAAAGACAGUUCUGAGAAGCUUCUUGACAACAGAGUACUUGAUGGAAAACUGAGUGCUGAAAAAAGUGAAACAAAUUUUGCCAGCAUUUCGCAGUCCAAAGCAAAGUCAUCAGCAAAGCUUUCUUCGUGCAUUGCUGCGAUUGCAGCACUGAGUGCUAAAAAGGCAGCUACAGAUAGCAGUAAGGAUUUACAAUCCAAUUCUGGGGAGUCUUCUCCUUUACCAAAAGAUAUGAGUGAAAGUCCCCGGACUACUGAGAAAUCACCUGAGCCUCAGAGUCUUAUUGAUGGUGCUAAAAAGCCAUCUCUUAAACCGCCUGAUAGUCCCAGAAGCGUAUCAAGUGAAAACAGUAGCAAAGGGUCUCCAUCUUCUCCUGCAGGGUCCACACCAGCAAUUCCUAAGGUUCGCAUAAAAACCAUCAAGACUUCCUCCGGGGAGAUCAAGAGAACUGUUACUCGAGUGUUGCCAGAAGUUGAUUUGGACUCGAGUAAAAAAACAGAGCAGACUGCUUCUAUGGUAACUUCCAUGACAUCCCUCCUGUCCUCACCAACUUCUGCUGCUGUUCUUUCCUCUCCUCCUAGAGCUCCUCUCCAGUCCGCGGUCGUUACCAAUGCAGUUGCAUCUGCAGAACUCGCACCAAAGCAGGUCACUAUCAAACCUGUGGCUACUGCCUUCCUCCCAGUUUCAGCAGUGAAAACAGCAGGUUCACAAGUUAUUAAUUUGAAGCUUGCUAACAAUACUACCGUGAAAGCCACUGUAAUAUCUGCUGCUUCUGUGCAGAGUGCCAGUAGCGCCAUUAUAAAAGCUGCCAAUGCCAUACAGCAGCAGACUGUUGUGGUGCCAGCAUCAAGCCUUGCGAGUGCUAAACUUGUGCCAAAGACAGUCCAUCUUGCCAACCUUAACCUCCUGCCUCAGGGUGCUCAGACCACCUCUGAGCUCCGACAAGUGCUAACGAAACCUCAGCAGCAAAUAAAGCAGGCAAUAAUUUCUGCAGCAGCCUCACAGCCUUCUAAGAAGGUGUCUCGAGUCCAAGUGGUGUCAUCUCUACAGAGUUCUGUAGUGGAAGCGUUCAACAAGGUGCUGAGCAGUGUCAACCCUGUCCCGGUUUACAUCCCCAACCUCAGUCCCCCUGCCAGCGCUGGAAUAACGUUGCCCACACGAGGUUACAAGUGUUUGGAGUGCGGGGACUCCUUUGCUCUUGAGAAGAGUCUGACCCAGCAUUACGACAGGAGGAGCGUGCGAAUUGAAGUGACGUGUAAUCAUUGCACAAAGAACUUAGUUUUCUACAACAAAUGCAGUCUUCUUUCCCAUGCUCGUGGACACAAGGAAAAAGGAGUUGUAAUGCAGUGUUCGCACCUGAUUUUGAAACCAGUCCCAGCAGAUCAAAUGAUAGCAUCUCCUUCGAGCAAUACUGCUGCACCCAUGCUUCAAAGCCCAGUGGGAGCUGGCUCACACACUGUAACAAAGAUACAGUCUGGCAUAACGGGAACAGUCAUAUCAGCCCCAGCAAGUACCCCCAUCGUCCCAGCCAUGCCGCUAGACGAAGAUCCAUCCAAACUCUGUAGGCAUGGUCUAAAGUGUUUGGAGUGCAGUGAAGUUUUCCAAGAUGAGACAGCUCUUGCCACACAUUUCCAGCAGGCUGCAGACACAAGUGGACAAAAGACAUGCAAUAUCUGCCAGAUGCUGCUUCCUAACCAGUGCAGUUUUGCAUCACACCAGAGAAUUCAUCAGCAUAAAUCUCCAUACACGUGUCCUGAAUGUGGAGCAAUCUGCAGAUCUGUCCACUUCCAGACUCAUGUCACUAAGAACUGCCUGCAUUAUACUCGAAGAGUUGGUUUUCGCUGCGUGCAUUGCAAUGUUGUGUACUCUGAUGUGGCGGCACUCAAGUCUCACAUUCAAGGUUCUCAUUGUGAAGUCUUUUACAAAUGUCCUAUCUGUCCCAUGGCAUUUAAAUCUGCUCCCAGCACACAUUCCCAUGCCUAUACACAACACCCGGGUAUCAAGAUAGGCGAACCAAAAAUAAUAUAUAAAUGCUCUAUGUGUGACACUGUGUUUACUCUACAACCUUUGCUCUAUCGCCACUUUGAUCAGCACAUUGAAAACCAGAAGGUGUCUGUUUUCAAGUGUCCAGACUGUUCUCUUCUGUAUGCACAGAAACAGCUUAUGAUGGAUCAUAUCAAGUCAAUGCACGGAACUUUGAAAAGUGUUGAAGGGCCACCAAACCUGGGGAUAAAUUUACCUCUGAGUACGAAACCCACAAAUCAGAACUCAGCCAGCCACAAUAAAGAGGACACGAAAUCCAUCAAUGGAACGGAAAAAUUAGAGAAGAAAGCUCCUUCUCCUUUAAAGAAAGGAGAGCCUAAAAAGGUCAGCAGUCGUGGCUGGACGUGUUGGGAUUGCGAUAGGUUCUUCACUCAGAGAGACGUUUACAUCUCCCACAUGAGGAAAGAACAUGGAAAGCAAAUGAAGAAACACCCUUGUCGCCAGUGUGACAAAUCAUUCAGUUCAUCCCAUAGUUUGUGUCGUCACAACCGUAUCAAGCACAAAGGCAUUAGGAAGGUCUAUACGUGCUCGCACUGCCCAGACUCCAGACGUACCUUUACCAAACGGCUGAUGCUGGAAAAACACAUUCAGUUGAUGCACGGCAUCAAAGACCCUGAUGUCAAAGAAAUGACUGAGUCAUCUAACGUGGAAGAAAGGGAAGUAAAAGAAGAAGCGAAGGUUCCUAGUCCAAAGCGUAAAUUGGAAGAACCCGUCCUGGAAUUCAGGCCUCCACGAGGCGCCAUCACGCAGCCACUGAAGAAGCUAAAAAUCAAUGUUUUUAAGGUUCACAAGUGUGCUGUCUGCGGCUUCACGACAGAAAAUCUCCUCCAGUUUCACGAACAUAUUCCUCAGCAUAAAUCCGACGGCUCCUCGUACCAAUGCAGGGAGUGUGGGCUCUGCUACACGUCCCACGUGUCUCUCUCCAGGCACCUCUUCAUCGUGCACAAGCUGAAGGAGCCGCAGCCGGUAUCGAAGCAGAACGGGUCUGGGGAGGAUAAUCAGCAGGAGAACAAACCCAACCACGAGGACGAGCCGACCAACAGUGCGGCGUCGGACAGGAGGUGCAAAGUGUGCGCAAAGACAUUCGAAACUGAAGCGGCCUUAAACACUCACAUGAGAACGCACGGCAUGGCCUUCAUCAAGUCGAAAAGGAUGAGCUCGGCUGAAAAGUGAGCACUGGGACGUGGCAAUCUCUCUCCACAUUGGAACGCCGAUGGCAUUUUUGUUACAGGAGGUUCAAGGUAUAAUAGUGUUAACAGUACUGUUCAGGCUGUUGCAAUAUGUUCUGCAUAACGAUGCCCCCUUCGCCUCAUCGUCUGUACCCUCGAAACCAUUGAAGCAGUAUUUGAGUUGAAAAGAGUUUGUAUAUAUUUAAACUAAUAACUUUUAUACUCUUUGUUACGUGUUUGUAUUGGUAUCUAGUGGAAAUUUUUGUUUCGUUCCUGUUUUUUGUAGUAAGUUUCUCUAAAACAGAGUUCUUAAUGCUGGGUCCGUUUCCUGGGGUCUCUUGAACCGUUUCUUACGUGAACGCUUCUGGCAGGAAGUUUCAGCAAAUGGGAGCACAGCAGAAAGGCAGUGCCUGGAGGGAAAAAGUAAGGAAGCCAAGGGGAUAUGCCACAUCCUGCAGGACUCUGGAUGGUUCUGCACGUGGCAGGCAGCUUUCAGACUUUCUCUCCGAAAAUAAGUGUCUCUCUGCGCAGGUAAAACGCAGUGCUGGUUGAGGUGCAGACACCCCAGGGCGAUCACGUACUUCUGACAAGUGUAAUUGCACAAGUAUAUAUAUAUAUAUAUAUAUAUGUAUCAUGAAGUAAUUUGUAGCCAUCAGGUGCUUGUGGUCGAAGCUCUGAUAGUUAUAAAAGGGCUGGGCUGCUCUGGAUUAAACAAGUAAGGUGUAAUUAGAGGCAUAGGUUUAUCAUGAUAAUGUUUGGAGGUUUGUUUUUUUUUUUUCCUUGUCACGUAAUUUAUUAAACAGAAUAGAAACAAUGACACAGCAUUCAGUAUUUUCCUUCUAUCUCCGGUUAUGAAAACCCUUGUUGCCGGGGUUGGCAUUUCCCAGCUCUGUUUGCUAAUGCCAAAUGUUCCGGGGCUCCGUGUUCCACCGCAGCCGUCGAGGAGCAAAUGCACCACAACCAGCCCCUGUGGGUACGACUGGCACUUCACCUUCAGCACGGGCCUCACGGAGCUUCACAUGCAUCCAGCAUCACUGGUGAGCCUUCACCAGGUGCACAGAGGCACCGCGUUGUCCCUUCCCUACGUGAUUCUCUGUGAGGUUUAUAUUUCUGUUUUCUUUUUGCAUUUUAUACCUCGUAUGUAUCCCCUAGAAAACUUUUUUUUUUUUGUACUUUUUUCUUUCUUUCUUUCUUUCUUUUUAAAGAAAAAAAGAAACAAAUCCUGUACAUAUAGAUAGCUGCAUGAUAUAUGGUAGUAAUUGUUCAGUUCCUUAAAAGUCUUGCUGCUGUCAGAUGUUACUAUACACUACGUCCAUUACGACUGUACUAAACACAUUUCGUAUGUAAAUAAAUGCGGAGCAUUUUGCCCCGAAAUAUUUGUGAGAUUCUGUUAUUUAUCAUUAAAUUUUAGCAACUUUAACGAUGGAAGUGUUUGGAAAAAAAAUACAGACCCUUCUCAGCCGCCUCCGCAACCCUUCCUUGAUUGCAGAGUUGUGCAUUGGAUCCACGAACUCUUGCUUCGUCUCUUCGUCCUCAUUCAUACUGAAUUGGUUGGUUGGUAGAUGCUUCCUGUCGCAUUCCUAUUGCUCGUACACGAGUGGUUGUGAGCUGCUCCUCCCUCCCAGCAUCGCCCCGGCCACCACUGCCCUCCUCAUUGAGUGUAUACCUCCAACACUUGUUUGUUGAUGUGCACUGUCAACUGUACAACAAAUGAGUUAUCACUAUGCAGAAUGGUGUUUUGUAUACAGUGAACAGAUAAUAAAAAUUAAGUUUUCA